GUAGUUCGAACGCAUUUUCGCAGGAAAAGUUUUUGAAAAUGGCAGAGGCCGCCAUGCGUGCACAGGUGAGGGCUCGGCGUCAUGCUGAAGAAGUGGAAGAUCUUGCGCGUUAUUUCAAAUCUUGGGAGAAACGUAUAAAAGAAAGGGACGCAAUGUUGAGAUCGAAUCAAAGUCCCAGAGUUGGUUCUAAAACUGCACCAGCAGUCGCUGAAGUUGUGAAGGAGAAGAAUCCCAUGGAUUUGAAGAAUUCCGUGGAUUCGAAGAAGAAUCCCGUGGAUGCGAAGAAGAUCGCCGAUGUCCAGCUGAAACACAAUGCGAAUAACUGGAAGGAGAAAGUAUGUGAACAUUGGCGAAUCAAU